GCAAGUUCAAGCAGCAAGCGAAAAGCAGACCAAACGCAGUGUAAGAACGUCAGAUCAACAUUGAAUCCCAUCUACUGCUGUGUUCUGCCUCAGACAGAGAAAUCUCUGUGAACUACACACCAAGAUGUCGAAAGUCAAAAAGCCAGAGUUUGAUGAAGAAGCACGGACCUUAGCUGAGAAGGUCUUCGCCCAUGACGCUAAAGAUGAAGAUGAAAGAGAUGAGAUUUCGCCAUUUGAUAUGGCUGACAAUUGUCCAAUUGGGCACAUUGAGAUGCAGCACCAUUUAAUUGACAGGAAAGCAAAGGAAUCCACAAAGAAAAGGUUGAAAAUAAUCAUGAGAGGAAAGGCAAUCGCUACAGCAAUUCCAGUUCUCGAGGACCCUGCAAUGGCACAGCCUAAAGAAUCAGCUAAUGAGAUGGGGCUGCCCUCGUACACAGAUGUGCCAGAAUUCCAAAGAGUCACUAUUUCUGGAGACUACGCGUCAGGGGUAACUGUUGAAGAUUUCGAACUUGCCUGCAAGGGCCUGUAUCGAGCUUUGACCAUUCGGGAGAAAUACAUGCGGCUAUCAUUUCAGCGAUUCUGUCGGACCACUGCACAGUUUCUGCGGAACAUGGAAAAUGAGCAAUGGAAAGAGGAGAAUGAAGUGCACCCAGUAUUUACUCCACCUUUAAAGACAGGGGGAGACCCUUUCAGUCCAAAGGAUUUUCCUGAAAACCUUGGCUACGUGUGUAAGAUGACAGACGGAGUGAUCUACGUUUACGCAAAUGAUGAAUCAGUCAAGAGAAAUGAACCCAAAGACUUACCAUAUCCAGACCUGGCCACCUUUAUAGAUGACAUGAACUUUCUAAUUGCAUUGAUUGCUCAGGGGCCUAUGAAAACAUAUGCCCACCGUCGCUUGAAAUUUCUGAACUCUAAGUUCAACCUGCAUGAGAUGCUGAAUGAAAUGGAAGAGAUGAAGGAAGUGAAGAGUAAUCCUCACAGAGAUUUCUACAAUGUCAGAAAGGUUGAUACACACAUCCACGCAGCAGCCUGCAUGAAUCAGAAACAUCUCCUACGCUUCAUUAAGAAGUCCUCGAGGGUUGAUUCAGAUCGCAUCGUCUGGACUUCCAAGGACAAGAAGCUAACCUUGAAAGAGCUCUUUGAUAAGCUGAAGCUGAAUGCCUAUGAUCUGACAGUUGAUUCAUUGGAUGUGCACGCAGGCCGUCAGACCUUCCAACGCUUUGAUAAGUUUAAUGCCAAGUACAAUCCAGUGGGUGCCAGUGAACUCCGUGAUCUUUACCUGAAGACAGAGAAUGCCAUUGAUGGAGAAUACUUUGCUCACAUCAUAAAGGAAGUGGCAUCAGAUUUGGAAGAUGCCAAGUACCAACACGCAGAGCCACGUUUGUCCAUUUAUGGGCGCUCACCAGAUGAGUGGUCUAAGCUGGCAUCUUGGUUCAUCAAGCACAGGGUCUUCUCUCCUAAAAUGAAAUGGAUGAUUCAGGUCCCCAGAAUUUAUGAUAUUUUCAGAGCCCAAAACUUUGUCCCACACUUUGGAAAAAUGCUUGAAAACAUCUUCAUGCCAAUCUUUGAAGCAACGGUGAAUCCUCAGGAUAAUAUCAAGCUCAGCAUCUUCCUGAAAUAUAUCACCGGGUUUGACAGUGUUGAUGAUGAGUCCAAACACAGUGGCCACAUGUUCUGCUUAAAGAGCCCCAAACCCCAGGAAUGGACAAUGCCGAAGAAUCCUUCAUAUUCUUACUAUCUCUGCUAUAUGUAUCUCAACAUCAUGGUCCUCAACAACCUCCGAAGGGAGAGAGGGUUAAACACUUUCUUGUUCCGUCCACACUGUGGUGAAGCUGGAGCUGUGACACACCUACUGACGGCCUUCAUGACAGCGGAUAACAUCUCCCACGGACUCAAUCUGAAAAAGAGUCCAGUGCUGCAGUACCUGUACUUUCUGAGUCAGAUCCCCAUCGCCUUGUCUCCUCUCAGCAACAACAGUCUGUUCCUGGAGUAUGCUAAGAAUCCACUUCCUGAAUUUCUGAGGAAGGGGCUGGUGGUCUCACUCUCAACUGAUGAUCCCAUGCAAUUCCAUUACACCAAGGAACCAUUAAUGGAGGAAUAUGCCAUUGCUGCUCAGGUCUUCAAGUUUAAUACCAGUGACAUCUGUGAAAUAGCACGGAAUAGUGUCCUGCAGAGUGGCUUCUCUGAACAGGAGAAGGCUCACUUUUUGGGACCCAACUACCGCCGCGAAGGCCCAGCGGGAAACUGCAUUCAGAAGACAAACGUACCUCAGAUACGAAUGGCCUACCGCUAUGAAUCACUCUGCUAUGAACUGAACCUGAUCAAGGAAGGACUGAAAGAUCUGGAGUAAAAGAGUUGUUGCUACAUCAGUGGGGGUUUACUGGUGUGUGGCUGUUCGGCCCUAAGCCAUGAAAGCUGCUCCUGUAGUUCUGGAGCUGUUUUGAACUUAAGAGAGACUCAUAGCAUCUUCAUGAGCCAAUAGCAAUAUUUUGGGAAAAUUGUUAGUCAUUGUUGUGAAAUAUUACUCAAACCUACAAUAGAUGACUUCCUGGCCUUUCAAUGCAUUUAAAGUGUUAUCUUCCACUACAACCACGGAAACACCUCAUAGUUUCCAGUCACUUGCAUACUUAUGCCUUUCUUCAUUUCACAAUCAUUUGAUGUAAAGUAAUGUAAUGAUAUCAAGCUCUAUUUAUUUUCAAUCCGGUUUCAUUAAGGUGGAAAUGCACUGUGAUUUGGAACUAUGUGUUGCCUCUGUGGCAGCCGGCUUUCUGAACAUUCUUACUUUGCAUCAGGAUAUUUUCUGAUCUGUCCACCUAUUAUUCCCUUAUCAGAGCUCCACCUCUCUUUCUAGUUCCAAAUGUGAUAGAUGCUAGACAAUUUCAGAAUAUAAGCCCGACUCACGCUCUUUAAUGUGUUGCUCUGCUGUAACAAACCCUUAUUGUGGUGUGUCUUUUAUUCAGCCUUUGGUUCAUGAGCCAGUCACCCAGCAAUUUCUAUCAACCCAAGGUUUAGUGGACACUAUGUUUCUCUAAUGAAGGGAGAGUAUCGCCCUCCUGUUGGGGUCUGCCUGCAAUGGUACUGAAAUCAUCGUCACAACAUCCAUCUCUCUGUGUGGGAGAGGAUCAGGAAAGUACAAUUGGCCUCAUGUUUUUGAAGCAGUGAGGGAGAUUUCCAGGCUCUCAGCCAUCAGCCCUUGACUAAAAUGGAUGUUCAUGCAUACCAGGAUAUUGCUUGGUUGUUAAAACUCCAUUGGUUGAAGAUGUUGAUCACUGUUGAAGCUUACACACUGAUCAUAGAAUCCCUAAGGUGUGGAAGCAGGCCAUUCAGCCCAUCAAGUACACACUGACCCUCUGAAAUGCAUCGCACCCAUCUCACCCCCUCCCUGUAACCCCGCAUUUCCCAUGGCCCAACCACCUAAUGUGCACAACUUUGGACUAUGGGAGGAAACAGGAGCACCCAGGAAAAACCCACACAGACACAGGGGGAUUGUGCAAAUUCCACCCCGACAGUCAUCCGAGACUGGAAUCAAACCCAGGUCCCUGGCACUCUGAGGCAGCAGUGCUAACCACUGAGCUAACGCGCUACCGUGUCAGUGUUUGAGAGAAUGGAGAUCAUUUUCCUCUUUCGACCAUAAACAGAACAACAUUCACUGCUUUAGGAUAGGAUGGAGCAAGCAUGAAGGACCAAUGGAAGGUUGGCACGGACAGGUUGGACCGUAGGGUCUGUUUCCAUGCUGUACAUCGCUAUGACUCUGUGACUCUAAAUAUGGCAGAUAAAACUCGGAGGUGGCAGCUCUUCACAUUAAGACUGGGCUCAUGUGUCAGUCAUAGCUCUGGCAUGAAUAUUUAGCUCCACAUCAGCAUGCAAUAAAAAUAAGUACACCUGA